CGGAUCAAGGUUCAGGCUAAGCGCUGCUGAGAACCCCGGUGCAGAUCAACUUCGCUGCUGGGCGUGGAAGAUGCGGAAGGUGGUUUUGAUCACCGGGGCGAGCAGUGGCAUUGGGCUAGCCCUUUGCGGUCGGCUGCUGGCAGAAGACGAUGACCUUCACCUGUGUUUGGCGUGUAGGAACCCGAGCAAAGCAAGAGCCGUUCGAGAUACCCUGCUGGCCUCUCACCCCUCUGCCGAAGUUAGCAUCGUGCAGAUGGAUGUCAGCAGCCUGCAGUCAGUGGUCCGGGGUGCAGAGGAAGUCAAGCAAAAGUUUCAAAGAUUAGACUACUUAUAUCUGAAUGCUGGAAUCAUGCCUAAUCCCCAAUUCAACCUCAAGGCAUUUUUCUGUGGCAUCUUUUCAAGAAAUGUGAUUCAUAUGUUCUCCACAGCGGAAGGACUUUUAACUCAGGAUGACAAGGUCACUGCUGACGGGUUCCAGGAGGUGUUUGAAACCAAUCUCUUUGGCCACUUUAUCCUGAUUCGGGAACUGGAACCGCUUCUCUGCCAUGCGGACAACCCCUCUCAGCUCAUUUGGACGUCCUCUCGCAAUGCAAAGAAGGCUAACUUCAGUCUGGAGGACAUCCAGCAUACCAAAGGCCAGGAACCCUACAGCUCUUCCAAAUACGCUACCGACCUCCUGAAUGUGGCUUUGAACAGGAAUUUCAACCAGAAGGGUCUGUAUUCCAGUGUGAUGUGCCCAGGUCUCGUGAUGACCAAUCUGACGUUCGGAAUUCUGCCUCCCUUUAUCUGGACGUUGCUCCUACCAGUGAUGUGGCUUCUUCGCUUUUUUGCACAUGCGUUCACUGUGACGCCAUACAAUGGAGCAGAGGCACUGGUGUGGCUUUUCCACCAAAAACCAGAGUCUCUCAAUCCUCUGACCAAAUACCUGAGCGCCACCACGGGAUUCGGGACUAAUUACGUCAAGGGCCAAAAGAUGGACAUAGAUGAAGACACUGCUGAAAAAUUCUACAAGACCUUACUGGAGCUGGAAAAGCGCGUCAGGAUCACCAUUCAGAAAUCGGAUCACCCAAGCUGAUGGCGACGUUCCCUAGGGCACCCCGUCCGCACCUCCUGUACACCACGGCGCGCGUGGCUUUCCAUCGUGCUGCAAACCAUAAGUUUGCAGUAAACCAUAAGUCGUGAUGAUCUCUCCUCCUUCCUUUUACAAUGAUCUCCAAGACUGUGUGUGUGCACAUGUGUGCAGGCGUGCACACACAUGUGAGAAAGGAAUGACAAAGUAGAGGGACCAACUACAUACCCCUCCAGAGCAGUGUCCUGUUGGAACUGCUAGAGGUUUCCUGCAGAACAUCCUUGGAUACCUUUCUGCCUCCCGGAGCCCAGUAGUUUUGACUUGUAUGAUGGGAGCACAGUACUUCCAGAAGCUUUAAUCUCAGCAAGG